UGUCAGUCAUCCCCAGUCCAAUGGCUCGAUUGAGCGAUUUCACGCCACCUUAUUGGAAAUGAUCAGAUCCCAUGUAUCCGAAAAUCCCGACGAACAUCCCUUCAAUAUUCUUCCCUAUGCUGUUCAGUGCUACAAUAGCACUAGAAAUAAAACUACUGGCUUUACACCAUACGAGCUCGUGUUUGGCCACACCUCUGGUCGUCCGCCCGAACACGUAUAUUUAGAAAAAGAAUUGAUGUCCAAGUCGAUACAACAAGUUGGAUGUCCAUCAUCUGAAUACACUGACGCACUCGCAAACGUGUGGAUAGCGAUGUUUGUGACCUCAAAAAAGCCAAGCAUUUGUAGAGAUUGGAAUAUUGCGGCAAGAGCCAAGCAUGCGAAUGCGUUAUUAGGGACUAUUCAUACUCAACCGUGA